CUAACGGAUCAUUACUAGGCAAAACCUGGUAAUAAAAAAGAUAUUACAAUUAUGCAAUUUAUGUAACAAGUAUUCAUAAUUUAAACACGUUUCGUAAUUUUACAUAUAAUUAAUUGUGGUGAGUCGCACAUUUGUAAACGUCAAAGAAAUUGAUGCUGAAAAUAACAGGUACGAAAAAGAAAAAUAUUUUUAUUAAAAGAAGAAUCAUACAUCAUACAGAAAAAAUUUUGAGAAAAGCUCAAAUAGGAGAAUCUUCUUGCCACAUGUUCUAUAUUUCACGGGAGAGAUAAACAAACAUCUCGAAAUGUCGAUGACAGAAAGCAUCGCGACCUCCACUACUACUGGGAUACACUACUGGUCGAGUUUGACAACAGAUUCAAGUGAGGAACCUAACCUGCUCGAUCACAUUCUGCACGUUUUGUGGGAAUGUAUAAACCGUAGAGCGCAGCUCUUCUAAAUCGUCCUCCUCGUGAUUUUCCAUUAUGCUGCCGGCGUACACGAACUCGUAAUUUUACACGAGCAUCGCAUUACAACACUCGAUCCAUACAUACGGAUUGUGACAAGAUGAGUAAGAGGCAAGUGACAUGUUUAGUGACGUUUGCAGCAGCGCGACGCGGCGCGCUUAUCCAACGCAAGUAAUAGGUGUUGCGUAGACGGCGCGAUGGCGAGACCGAUCGAUUACGCUACAUAACACAUAUUUUAUAGAAGUUCCGACAGUAAAUAAUUCGUAUUAUCUCUCAUACGUGGUCUCCGAGACUAAUUUCAAAAGUUGCUCACCCAUUACAUUCGAAUUUUCUACCUUUUUCUUUCCGACCCAAUUCCAGACAGUUUAAAGAGAUUGCCCCGUCAGUUGUUUAUUAUUUAAUAUAUCUUAACUUUGUAUGUUUUUUACAUGUAAAAAUAGUUUUAUUGCGUGCGUACUUAUAUGAGACGCUUAAUGCGACAUUACAUAGGUCAAGCUGUAACAAGCUUGAAAAAAAUAAAAAAAUAAAGUCAUCUCUCGUAGCAAAGUUCCUUUUAUUAAAGUCUAUCAGUAGAACAACAGCUGAGGUCACCUUCUCGAAUGCUUAAUAGACUGAAAAUUAAAUAAGAAACAAAAUAAAAUGACUGAAUCGAUAAUUAAGACAAAAUUAAUCCUUUAUCAAACGCAACGCCUUUAUCUACGCUUUUAAUAAUCGCGACGUCUCUUCCCAGUGAACAGAAGCUCUCAAAUCGACAUAUUAGCCAUGACUCUUAAUGAUAUCUUAUUAACAUUAUGACUUCUUAAUGAUUAUUAUUGACAUUAUGACCUGUUGAUGAUAUCUUAAAGAUAGCUAAUGCGAUUUGAGAGCUUCUGCUCACUGGGUUAUUAUUUUGCGAUGUUAAUCUUUCUGACGAUUCGUAGCAAUAUGCAAUAUGUAUAAAAUUAUUAAUUUAAUUUUUUAUAAGAAUCAAUUGCUCUCUCAAUUCCCAGUUGUAUUUCAAGCAGGUCCAACGUGAUGAUUAAAACGCGAACAAAUAAGAACGGAAAGCCAACGAAAAGUAGCCGUCUUCGAAAACCAAUUUUCUAUUUCGUGCGUAAAAAAAAACUCAAUUACACCGAGUCUUUGAUACUGAUUUUCCGUUCGGCAAGUCGACAAUCAGGGUGGGCGAGCAACCCUUUUAUCACGCAAGUGUGUUGUAUUUUCUUCUGAUUCCGUCGAAGGUAAUAACGCGUGGCAGCCGUUCCGGCUCCGGCAUCGUCGUCAUCAUCAUCCCUUAAUAAAUCGCGAAAGGCGGCCGCGAGUUCCGCCUGGAGUAUACGUCGCGGCGCCCAGCGCCGCGUCGUCGCGCGUCGCGUCGCUCCGCGUCGGUGGGGGUCAGGUCGGUCGAACGGGGAACGGUCGAACGAUCGAAAGGCCCUGCUCUCUCUCCUCGAGCUCAGUUGUAGCGCCGACACGGCACACGAAGUCGCGUCGUAGUUUAAAGGCACACUCUGUACAAACUAGACACGCACGCUCUUUUUUUUCUCUUCCUACGUAUCUCCGUCUCGUCUCGUCUCGUCUCGUCUCGACCUACCUCGCCUCGUCUCGUCUCGCCUUGCUACGUAGUGAGCAACAGAUAUACGGACAUACGUGCACGUAGAAACGAAACCGACUUCUACCAAAAAAAAAAGAAAGAAAGAAACAGAAAAGCGAAAUGCAGCGCCGGGCCGGUGAUUGGAGAAAAAUCCUACUCGUGUAUAUUUUGCAAUUAUUUUCAUACGCGACACCGCACAUGAAUGUGCAGCUGAUUGCGCCGCAAUAUGUAACAUACGGCGAUACGGCCACCCUAGUUUGCAACCACACUGUCUCGGAAGAGCUGCUGCACAAAAUAGAGUUUAUGAAAGGCGAAAAGAGGAUAUUCCAUUAUGUAAAGGAAAGGAAUCCGCCGUACAUCGGGAAUCACGUCGAGGGCGCUAAACUGGAGUACUCGAAGAAUGGCACGACAAUCAAACUGCACGAUGUGCGUUUCGAGGCUUCCGGCACUUACACCUGCGAGGUGACUAUGACAACGCCCAUUUAUACCGCGGGUGCCGAUCCCGUGCAGAUGAAAGUGAUAGUUCCACAGACCAACAAUCCUAAGAUUACGUUCAAGAAGAGCGUAUACGUGAUUGGCGAGAGUCUGGAGGCGAACUGCAGCUCCUCGCCCGCACGCCCAGUUCCUUACAUAACGUGGUUUAUAAACGGGAAAGAGGUGGAUAUCACUCUGGUGAAUCAUUAUCCGCACACGCAUCAUAAGGACCACCUGAUAUCCGCCACCGCGAGAUUGAAAGUGGAGGUUUCUGAGUUGCACGCCGGGCAACAUGGAUACUUGGAGAUCAGCUGCCGGGCGACGAUACCCGACUUUCCCAUGUAUCACGAGCAAUUUGCCGAUGUUAGGAAAAAGACGGUGUCGGUGCAAAUCAUACCAGCGCCGGAUAUGACGUCUUCCGCGGCGAUUCUCAUACGAGAACUAACGCUACCUACGAUAUUGUGCAUACUGAGCGCGAUGCACAAAUUCAUUCCUUAAUAAAAGUCAAUUGCUCUAGGAUAAUUCGGCUGUAACAUACGUAAUCGUAAGGUAUUAAGACGAAACGAUGAACGUAAGAUCGAACAAUCACAAUGUCUUCCUUCGAUAUAUCGAAAUACACGGGGGCAGCGGUUUUAUUGUCUUUGCAGAAGUUUUGUAACUCAUAGACGCGGCUUCUUCGUGCGCAACUAUUUUCGAUUAUUGCUUAUAACGAGCGUCGUCUGUCUCGCGAAACAUAUCAAUUUCCAUGAGAUGUAACGAACCCGAAUGUUCGGUAAGGUGUGUCGGAAAGUUAUGUCCUCUUUUUCUUCCGGACUGAUCUAUUUGUUUCGUAGAAUGUUCAACCUCGACGUUUCUAGCUGAAAACUUGAGAAGCAUGAAACGAGGACUGCGCAAAAUAUUUUCUUAUCCGCGGUCAACCGAUUUUGACAGAUAACUCAUCGAUAUAUCGCUGAAUUAAUUGUAAAAUGUGCUUUUGGGAGAACAAUCUUUUUUCUCAUAGACUCGCACGCUGUGCACAAAAUUUCAUCUAGUUUCUAAAAUUAAAUGUGACUUUAUUAAAUAUAAGGAGAUCUCUACGUAAACACAUAAAGUUACGACAUAGUUUUCCGAUACGCGUACUACAACAUUUCAUCUAGUCUCGCCUCGCCGUUUGGAAGCAUCGUAUUUUUCAAGCCCGCGAAUAUACGUUCUUGUUAUUGUGGCGCAUUUUUACAACGAUCAUGCAAUAUGUCAUCCGUGAGCGGUCAAAAAAGCUUCAAGAUCAGUUGAACCCGUUGAACGAAUUUAUUAUCUAUUUUGAGGCCACUUCUUCGAGUUAUUUUAUUUAUAGUGCUGCAACGAAAGUCGAGCAAACUGUAACUUGCGACACUCGCGAAACAAUUUCUCACGUUCUACGUCCCGUUUCAAGAUGCUCGAUAUCGAUAUCGUCAACUUUCCGACAAUAAUUUAGCGAGAUGACGUCUUUUUCACGUCUAAAAUAGCAUAGAUAUUAGAGCAAAUUUUCACCGUCAUUUCACCAUUAACUAGGAGCCUGGAGCUCCCGCUGGAAACAUAUUGUACACGAGGGAUUCAAAGCAAGAACGGCGUAAGUCAAGUAUGAUGGUAUCUGAGAUACUUACACUUUUGCGUGCUUCACAUUGAAAAAUAUUCUCGAGCUAUUUUCUACUUUAAUAAAUUAUAUAUAUAUAUAUAUAUAUAUAUAUAUAUAUAUAUAUAUAUAAUUUCAAUCAUAUAUGUAAUUAUUUAAUAAUAUAACGAAAGAAAAAAAAGAAAGAGAAAGGGAGAUACACAUGAUCGUAAAAGUAUUGACUCGGGCUAUUUUUGCUUUCAACUCUUGAUAUAUAUCUCACAUAUAACGAACUGAGAAACGUCAACGGAACGGGACGUACGACGCACUUUUGUAUUUGUAUGAAAUUUCCUAUAAGGUUCGAUGUACUUCACUAAACAAGAGGCAAGCUUGAAAAAACACUGCGUCGACGGCUAGGCAUCUAGAGAGCUGCGAGAAAGUAGAAAUAAUUAGAGACACUCGAGUUAGAGUCUGGUCAAUGUGACAACGGUAAAUCAAUCAAUCGCGCUUUAUCAAAUAAGCGGACGAUAAAGCAUCGUGAUUUCUUCCGUUUGAUUUAGUCGAUAAAGCUUAAUUAAACUUUACGGUGAGAGCUGGCCAAACCCUGACUCGACUAUCUGCAGAAGUAGCGAUUACGGCCGUUGUGCUUCGCGGCCAACUUUUUCGAAGAAAUGUAGGGCGCGUUACUCGACGUGACGUGACAUGCGAUAAAAUACUCCGAUGUAAUACCAUCUCUUAUACCUCACACCGUUCGGUCUCACAUCGAACGGUUCAUUGCGACCGAAAGCGUGGGAUCAUCUUUUGUCCGUGCUUAAGGCUUCUUAUGCGAGUAACGUGCGAGUCUCAACUCUUUUUUGGCAUUUGUAUGGACCAGCGGCUUUGGCACAAUCAUAUAUCAUUUUUAAGAGUAUAAGGGAAUCGUAAAUAUGAUUGUUGAAGCUGCUGAUGUACUUCGAAGCGUGCCAAAGAUCACAAAGGGUUACGUCAGUGCGCCGGAGUGAACGCAAACGACGUUAUCGAAAGCCUUAGUAUAAUCUUGUCCUAAUCUAAUCUUGAUUAUUGGUAGAAUGCGGAAGUUUGUGAAAGCGACGAGCUUUCCCAUUUGGGUGGUCCAAAAAGGAGGAGGCCAUGCAAUAUUCUAUCCAAAAGCUGCAAAUUGAUCUACGUCGACAUAAGUUUACGAUUAUAUUACGAAUAGAUAUUCGUGAAAUUAAAUAUUUUUUUGUUAUAACGAUUAAUAGAAGAAGAAAAAGUUAAAGGUGCAUUAGUAGAAUGAUGGAUCAGCUAUAGUCGGGACCGAAGAGAUAUUAGGGAAUAACUCAGACUGCGUAGCGCGCUUUAUAGAUUAAAGGAUACAUCUAUUUAUGAUUAAUGAACUUUUAUACGUAUUUCAUAUCGCAACUUUUUGCUAAAAUCGAUACGACUAGUCCAAUUGAUGUCUGCAAAUUCUCGUAUGCUUUCAAACUUGCAAUAAACGUAACGUGUACAUGUAUCGUUUCUUAAUAUUUUAUUAUAUUUCUAGCGUAAGCGAGCAAUGAUAUUAUCUAAGCAAGGUUUGAAAGCUUGGUAACGACAUUUUCAUUCGGAAGUGCCUUUUCAUAUCGUCUGCAAAUUAGAAAAAUCUCGAGCGGAUAUUAGUCUGCUGGGUGGCGUUCGCGUGAAAAAUGAAGCCGUAACAUUGACGGCCAAGAAAAAGAAGACGUCACCUUAUCGACGAGAUUACACUCUCUAAUAAAAUCGCUCUUGUUCGUCUCAGCGUUUGCUCCAGUGCACUGAAGACUCGAAAUCUAUUAUUGCGCAAAUUUACGAGUUUGCUCUUUCUAAUUACAGUAUCGGAUUAAAUAUUUUGAAAUUUUUAUAUCAUUGAUUCUACACUCCCCAUGUAUGAAAAAUUGUAUUUUGAUCACUUUGCAUCGAUUCAACGAUAUAACAAAAUAUUAUUAUGCUCGUCUUUCUACAAAAAAUUGUAAUUUAGUAUGCUCGUCUUUCUACAAAAAAUUGUAAUUUAGUAAUAUACUAUUUUAUUAAGUUCUCAUAUUAUUACAUAAAAUACGUUUGGUCUCGUAUAACAUAAGAAAAAUAUAUAAAAGUGCAAUUAAAAAGAGCAGAUCUAAUACAGGACACAUAUUAUGGAACUAAAUAUUUGAAAUCGAUUCCGAUCGGAAUAAUUUUAUUUUCCCUGGAAGAAACAAUAUAAAUCUAGGAAAUGACGAAAUCAUUUCGAUUAAAAUCGAUUCCAUAAUACGUGUUCACAUUUGCGUGAAAACAAACGACACGUAACGCGGGAAAUAGAGGAUCCUGCGCUUUUGCGGCGUUUCGUGCGACGCCACGAUGCUCGUGAUGCUCGUCCUGACGUAUAUCUGUCCGAUUUCCUUGGUGACCUGCGAAAUGAGCACGACGCUACAGGAACUCGCGAUCGACGAAGUAGAGGUGCGCAUCGUCGGCGGAGAGAUCACCAACAUCAAAAAUUACCCGUUCAUCGUACGUGCGACGCGCCCAUUGUAGCCCCUUAACCUUUAAACUUUUGGGAUUCAAUACCCUCCCACGCAACGCGGCCCACACGUAGCGGAAGUGCGUACACACAUAAUGGAAGCCGAGAGUUCUAACGUUAAAAGCGAGGGAAAUGCAAUGAAAGUUGGGAAUGUUUCAUGUGAAUAUAACACAAACCUGACAAAACAAAGAUACCUACGCGAAUGCGAAUGAAUGAACUUUUAACUACUGAUGACCUUUUCCUCAGCACUCUUCUCUUGUAAUGAAAACUCAGUUCGUAUCGUAUAUUUUUCAGUUAACAGUUUACCAGAAUGAAUAUGACGAGGUAUGCAAGCUUUUGAUUUACAUAUCGUAGUAACUGUAUUUCAAUGAAAUGCUAUUCAUUCGUAAAACCCACCAGCAUGAGAACUUAGUAUGUCGUUUUUAUCUCUUUUAAAAGUCCUACUUUAAAAGUCCUACUUUAGAACUUUAUACAGAGAGAGAGAGAGAGAGAGAGAGAGAGAGAGAGAGAGAGAGAGAGAGAGUCAAGUCAGAUUUUCGUUCAUGCAUUUUCCGCGCUUCUGAACUCGCGCUUCUGAACUGCAAUGCAAUUACUUGUUUACAUAUGUUCGACAGACACUAGAGAGUAUACGGAUACACUUUACAUGCUCGUCAAACAAAUUAAUGUAACUAUUCGCACGGCGUUCUCGAGAUACCAGGAACCUCAAUUUUGAAAUGAACGAAUAUUACUCUGGAGAAUAUAAACGUAGAAUGUAAACGUAGAAUAGAACACAGCAAGCACCACUGUGCACUGCUAAAUUUAUUAUGAAAAAGAUAGGAAAAAUUUAAAUUUAUUUCUUACAGAGUAAAGUUUCUCUUCAAAUACAAUUUAUCAUCAGUAUUUAUUAUAUACAAUUUAUACAGUAUAUACAGUAUAUACAAUUUAUUAUCAGUAUUUACAAAAAAUAAAGUAAUAGGCACGCUCGCGCAAUAAACAUAGAAAAUUGAUAAACGUGCACAGAAAAAAAAGUUUUCAUCGGAAAAUCUCACAAUUUUGUUCAAGUUAAUAGAAUUUCUGGUUAUCUAAAAAUCUUGCUUAGUUAACCAAAAUUUUGUCAACUUGAAUAGAAUUCUGGUAGCUUUAAUCGAAAUUUUAGUUAUUUCACCAAACAUUAGAUUAAUCCUACUAAAUUUUUCCGUGUGUGAUUACUUGUGUGAUUGAAAUUUAGACAACGUCGAGAACGCCGUAUUAGGAGUUUACUUCAAGUGCAAGGGCAUGAAGGUUAAGGGGCGAACCGACUCGACUCGGACUCGGCGAAUCCGAAUUUUUCAAAGUCAAUUCCUCUUAGGUCUCGGUGCAGCGCCGACUCUAUAGCCAUGCAUGCGGAGGCACCUAUGUCGCGCCUAGGUUCGUCCUGUCGGCCGCCCAUUGCAUGGUCAGGUGCGUGUCACAAGACUGCGUUUUCGCAUUCGCGCUAUGCGUCGCGGAAGGUGGUGUAGUUCUCUUUCUCUCUAGCCGGGGCAUACACUUUAGCAUUCGCUACGAAA